AUGUAUUUCAUAUCUAAUGUUGUAAAAGUAACAAUUCCUAAUUACUUAGCUAGUUUACCGAUUCCCGACUCUUUCGGUGGAUGGUUUCGCUUGAGUUUCCGGGAUUGGCUGGCUUUGGUACCACCAACACUUGCUAUUGGUGGAAUUUCGUAUGUCUCCUACCAGACUGUCAAGAAAGCAAAGGAGGCUGGCCAAGUUAAUCAUAUCAUAAGAAAGGAUUUGGACAAAGUUGUUGAUUUUAUUGAUAUUGAAGAUAUUACUGAAAAAGCCUCUCUCUGUAGAUGCUGGAAAAGCAAGAAUUGGCCCUACUGCGACGGAGCUCAUGGUGCCCACAACAAGGAAACAUGUGACAAUGUUGGCCCAGUUGUAGUUCGACACAAGCAACAAUAA